AUGGCUCCUCCUCGAGCUCCACCACUUGAUCCCGCUUUGGAUCAAACUUCACCUUAUUUUGUUCACCCCAGCGAUGGCCUCGGUUUUGUUACAGUUCUUCCGAAACUCACUGGUUCCAACUAUCAUUCAUGGGCUCGAAGCAUGAAGAGGGCUCUUGGUGGCAAAAUGAAGAUUGAGUUCAUUGAAGGAUCUUUUCCUGUUCCUGCUGAUUCUUUCGAUCCAUCUCUGUGUGCUUGGAAUCGCUACAACAUGCUAGUACAUUCUUGGAUCAUGAAUUCUGUUUCAGAUUCAAUUUCUCAGUCUAUCGUCUUCAUGGAGAAUGCGCUUGAUGUAUGGAAAGAUUUGAAAGAAAGGUUUUCUCAGGGUGACCUCAUUCGUAUUUCUGAGCUGCAGCAAGAAAUAUAUAAUCUCAAUAAAGAAACCAAAUCGGUAACUGAUUUUUUUUCUGAUUUUAAAAUUCUUUGGGAAGAAUUAGAUUUGUAUUUGCCUUUACCAACUUUUAAGUCUCCAAUCUUGUUAAUGGAUCCUUUGCCUAAUAUGAAUAAUAUAUUCUCCAUGGUUAUCCAACAUGAGCGACAAAUUCAGCUCCCUAUUCCCAAUGAUGAGUCUCAAACACCGAUUAAUGCUGCUGAUUCCAAGAAGUUUAGGGUAAGAAACAAUACAUUCAAGCAUGGUGCUCGUGUUUGCACAUUCUGUGGCAAGACUAAUCACACUGUGGAAAACUGCUUCAAGAAACAUGGUGCACCACCUCAUAUGCAGAAGCAGUUUCAGAAUUCAGCUAACAAUGUGGCAUCAUAUGGAAAUGAUGAUGGAUCUUCCUCUAGUGGUGCUAACAUAAAAAGUGACAAUUCACCUAUGACUCAAGGUCAAUUCAGUGCUUUAAUGGAUCUAAUUCAGAAAUCAAGCAUUGGCCAAUCCUCAGGACAUGCUUCUUCCAACCAAGUUGUUGUUGGUCAUCCAUCAACAGGUAACACAUAUCAUUGCAUGCAUAGUAGUAGUAGUGGUUCUUGGAUCAUUGAUUCAGGAGCUAUUGAUCACAUAUGUAGUUUUGUCCAAUGGUUUCGUUCAUAUAGGAAAAUUAUUCCCAUCAAUGACAAAAUCAUCAUGAAGAUGACUGGUUCUGCUGAGCAUAAAGAUGGAUUACAAAGAAAGCUUUCUUAUACUAUUAGUAAUAAUAGAGCUGCUCACCCUUAUGACUUGAUCCAUUUUGACAUUUGGGAACCUCUUACUGUUCAAUCUUUACAUGGUCAUUCAUAUUUUUUAACUGCUGUUGAUGACUGUAGCAGAUACACAUGGAUAACAUUAAUGAAAGCCAAAUCUGAAGCUAGACAGCAUGUUAUAAACUUUGUUAGUCUCAUAGAAAAUCAACAUAAGCUUCAUGUCAAAAUUAUCAGAACUGAUAAUGGUCCUGAAUUUAGCAUCCCUGAAUUUUAUGCAUAUAAGGGAAUCAUUCAUUAA